GAGAUAGAAGUUCCACAACCAAAAUGAAUAAAAAUGGCCAAAUUGGGCAUCCCUGUCGUACACUUCUGUUGAUACUGAAUCUUUUGAAAGUAUUAGGGUUUAGUAGCACAGAACUAUUUAUAUCUUUGUAAAACAUGCGAAUUACUUUAAUAACAUUUUCACCAAAUCCCAAAAGUUUUAGAGACCUAGAGAAAUUCAUGUUCAAUUGUGUCAAAGGCUUAACAGAAGUAAAAAAAUAGGACAACCGCAUCUGAGUCAAUUGCAUCUGAAUAAUCUAUAAGGUCCAAGACUAAACGAAUGUUAGAGUUUAUGUGACGGUCCUUCAAAAAUCCUGUUUGAGUCUCAUUUAUAAUGGUAUCUAUUCCUUUUCCGACUGGGAAAAAUCGAUUUGAACGGUCAUCCAACUCGGAAUUCCAACUCGGGGCUCUUUCUAGAGCUCUGACUUUCCGAGCUGAAGAUCACCGACGUCAUGAUGUAACCUCGUAAUUUCAGAGUUCCCAGUUGCCUUGAACGCGGCAAUAGACAUGCGUUAUUGUGCAUUUCUCCGCGUGCAUCUGAGGUAAAGUAAUGACUGGCUACAACUGGAACGAGGCGCGAUAGUAAACCAGUUCCUCUGGACAGUCCUGAACUUGACUCCCAUUCCUGCCAGAAUCCCGUGGGACCCCUGUUUCCGUGUCAAACUCUAGUACACACGCCUCACUUCGAUUGUAUCCAAAUAAGGAUAGAUUUCUGGUCCAUCGGUCAAAUGUACCCUCUAACUUGAAGAUGUCACGUGAACUCAUUGCUCUUCCUCGCGCAUGCAGCUACACGGAGGCACCCCGCUAAAUUGAGGCGCCAAUUACCACAAGUGUUUUUGGCUGUGCAUUGGCUGAUUUGACAACAAUACAAGUGGAAACAUUCUAGAAGAGUUCCUGAUCCUGGUAUCUGUUUAGCCCCAGCUGGUUAACCACUGUAUCGGGGGCAAUGGAGAGGCCUAUCCAGCCUCUGAAGACAAUAUUUCAUAGGCUAAGUAGUGCAAAACCAAGAGGAGAUGAUAAGAGUUUUGGGCACUUGAGACCGCUCUCUGUUUAUUCUAGAAUGAUAACUUGUGAAAACGGUAGGGUUAGUCCUAGCGGCACUAACCAGUCAUGGAAUUCAUCCAAUCCAUUCUGCAACUUGAAAAUAGAGAUUGUGAACAACAAUGCCCCUACAACACACAAGAGGCGAUUGGAUGACUCCUGCCUUGAUGACACGUACGAGACUACAUACAAAAAGCCCUGCAGUCCUAAGGCCAUCUCCCCAGACCUGGCUUGUGUUGUAGUUUCAUGCAGCAUCCUUCCAGAUGUAGCCACUGUCUCCCCUACCACUGACCUCCAGAAAGUGCCAUCUAGUGUUGAAAAUGCAGUCAAAGAUAAUGGUACACCAGAAGCUGUGAUAUGUGUGCCAAACUCUGAUCAUAUCCAGUGUGGCCAAGCAGGAGAGGCUGGAAGUAGACCGGGUGGUGCUGCAGCUCCAGGCGGCCCCGUAUCAAAUGAGUCUGAGACCCUGAGCCAUGAGCCUGAGAAAGUCUCGAUGGACCUUGGUCCUGUUUUUGACUUUGACGUUGACGACAUCAUGUGCCUGAGCCCCAUUGACAGCGACAGGGGGAGCGAUGAGGGCAUUGAAGCCUUUGUCGAUAGCUGUAACAGUUUUUACGACGACGGCACCCGUAACCCCAGUGACGGCGACACCCAGCAAACUAAGCCUUUCUUAGCUCAUAGUCCAACACAGGACCAGGUUUCAAGGGAGGGAUAUGACGUAGGAGAGAGGGAGGAGGGGAAAGGAGAGAAGAUGGUGGGAGAAGGAGAAAGGGGAAAAGAGGGCAAUGAGGAGAUAAACCAUCAGGAGGAAGAGGAGGUUGUGAGCAUUGAGGGUUUUUUUUCCAGGUCCUACCUUGAGGCACUUAAAGCAGGAAAGGAUGUGUCUCAGGCUGUGCCACCCCUGCAGCCCCGCAUCUCGUCCAGCCCUUUGUUUAUGGGGAGGGAGGUGAUGCAGAGGCUGCAGGUGGCUGUGUCAGAUGAUGGGGAGCCUCCAUGUCCUCCAGGGUUCCCUGAUCCCAAUGGGGGCCAGGCUAUGGUUUGCCAGCCACACUACUCUUUCACUUCGGAGGAUGUAGCUUAUGGGUUAUAUGGGGCACCUCUGGUCCCAGUGGAGGGUGCAGAUGAGGGCUUGGAGGGUACGGCAGGGGACGAUUGGAGUAUCGGUGCCCCGAUACUGGAGUCCUCAUUGUGUCACAUUGCCCCAGUGGAGUUCAAUGCGGGUUGUGAGGGAAAUGUGGUGGAGGGGGGAGGAGGUGUGCUUGAUUCAGUUCAUGAGUGCCAGGUCACACUCCUGGCUGAAGAGGUAACCGUGGAGCCCAGCUACGAGAAAGCCUUUCCUCUCCAAGUCCAGGUGAGGUCAGUAUUGGUGGUUCCCAGCGUGCAACAGAGCAGCAGCAGCCAACUCUCAACGCCGCCUGAGCAGAAAGUGUCUGAGACCAGGUCUGCGCAGAAACCUUCUCUGGAGAAGAAUGUUGUCAAUAUGACAACAAGACCUGUCCAGAAACCUUCACCUGGACAGAACAUUAUCAAGAACACAAUUGUCCAUAAACCUUCGCUUGGGCAGAAAGUGACAAAGAUAAAACCUGUCCAGGCAGCUUCAACUUCGUCUGACCAGAAAGUGGUCAAUACAAGACCUGUCCAGAAAACUGCACCAAGGCCAGUGGUCUAUGACAGGGAGGAGGACUGGCAGCGUGAGAAGUGGCUCUAUGUGGACUCAGUCACCAGACACAUAAGGGAGAACAUUGGUGCAGGAGAAGGGGUAAUGACUGAGCUGCUGAACCUGAUGAACCAUGUUGCCGAUCAGAGACCAGGCACCAACGGCAGGCAGUGGCAGCACCCCUCGGAUCUCACCCGCAGAAAUUACCAAAGACGAUUUGGAAAUGACAGAACAAAUUACACUCUGGACGAAUGGCAGAACCAGAACUACAGGAACCACCAGCGCUUUGCCAAUCUCCCACAGAUCUUUGAGAGAAGUCCAGUUCUGUAAAUCCAAGCAACAAAGCAUUUUACCAGAGGAAUGUAUUGGGCAGUACACUUUUAAAUUUGGCAAAUGACAUCACUCAGGUCAUUAGGUGUCUAAGAUUUGAGCUCUUAUAUUGUAAGCCUAGAACCACGGUUAAAACUUGAAUGAAUCCUUUACUUCUGCUCAGCUUUUAACAAUGUCUUUCACUUAUUGUUUUUUGUUUGAAAUUAAUUAAUUUAUCCUCGCUCAAGAUUUGUAUGUUUAUUGUUAGUGUCUUGAAGCCCAGAGAUUAUAAUUUUUUUCAAUUUGUUCGAUCUGAGACAGUAAUAUUGUGGAUUUUAGUGUGAUUAAUCUAUUUUCUUGUUGUACUUGAAUUUAAAUUAUGUUCCUUUCAGCUUACCAACUAGUAUAACAUUGAUGACAGAAAAGGAACAAAAAUAACGUAAUAGCCAAUCGUUGUGCGUGCUUGUCUCCUGUCUGCACUUAUUUCCUUUUUGUACUGUACUCCUAGUUUGUGCUAGGCACCUUGUUUGCACAGGUUUUUUUUUAAUGUUUUAAAGAACUCCUUUUUGAAUAUUGUGCACAUUUCCAUGGCUAAACUUUUAUUUGUGCAGUUGAAUUUCUUUCCCCAUACAUGUUGCAUUCUUGCUGUUGAAGUACAAACAAAUCAUCCAACACUUUGUUAGUACUUGGUUCUGAUUAGCCCCUUGGUUCAGUUGGAACACUUUGAAGGGACAAUCAAAUCAUAACUGAUCUACACCAUUUCCAAGGUGUGGUGCCAUAUGUAUUGUUCCAGAUGCUGUUCACUUACUGCCUCUGGCCUGUCAUUUGUUUAUUAGCAUAUGCCUGAGUAUUUGAGGCCAUGUUAUGGUUGCUUGAAGUUUUUGUUCCAUCUUAGAUUUCUUGUCUAACAAAAUUAAGGGAGUUAUUAGUUUGUCACAUGGAUUAGGUCAACUCUUAAAAUUCUCUACUUUAUCUAUAUUCUGUGCAGCGAAGCGAUAUGGAUUGGCCUUGUAUUGAUGCUUGUGUUGGAGAGACAUCUGUAAACAUAAUCUAGUGUGGGAAUUUGGUGAGAAACCUGAUUUGUAGGGAUCUGUUAUGUGUGGCCUAUUUUCUUUGACAUUGUGAAUCUCGGCACAUUUCUCGCACAGGUUUCUGAUUUCACAUUAAAAGCAGUUGCCUGAAACCCUGAGUGAACUUUUACAAGGAUGAAUGUCUAGCCCAGUCAGAAUACCAUAUGAGUGCACUCGAUGACUGAGGAGAUAUUGCAUGUGGCUCACUGAUGCUAAUAGAAUAGAGGUUUCAUUUAUAAGAAAAAAUAAAUGGAGCACUUUGGCAGUUUACAAUAAAGAUGAUGGAAUUGCAGUGCAGCCUACCUAUGACCAUCUAAGCUUGCUUACUAAUUUACUUUAUCUUUUAGGUUCUCAUAAUCAUAUAAUAUGCUAUUCAACCUCUGAUUUAAGCUUAUUGCUAACAGCUUUAAAUAGCAUAUGAUUUAAUUACCUACAUGUGGAUAUGGUAGGCCAUCAUUGUAAAUAAGAAUUUGUUCUGAACUGACUUGCCUAGUUAAAUAAAUAAAAAAUGUGGAUAUGAACACUAA